AUGUCCCGCUUCUUCCCCCACGCCCCCUACGCCGAGGACCAGCCCCUGGCCCGCACCAUCCUCACCACGCACGUCGCCACGCGCGCCGUCACGACGGGCACCAUCCUCGGCGUGGGCGCCAGCGAGGCGCUCCGCGUGAUCCGCUCCCUGCGCGGGGGGAAACCCACGUCCCCUACUGCGGCGCCGCCGGGGGGAUCAACAGCGCCGGGCGGUAGCAGCAACGGGAUGCUGCCGCGGCUGCUGCGGCCGGCGGCGACGGGGAGCCUGGUGGGCGUCGGGCUGGCGGCGGCGGCGCUGGCGCUGCGCAUGCGCGGCCGCGAGCCCGUCGAGUGGCAGGACCGCAGCUGGCGCCUGCUGGCCAACCGCGGCCAGGUCGAGACGGACGACUGGACCUACGCCGCCAUGGCCGCCGCGGCCGCCGCGUCGCUGGCCAGUGCGCGUGGGCGCGCCCUCGGCUUGGUCGGCGUCGUGGGCGCCCUUGGCCUGGGCAGCGUCGGCGGCAUGGUCGGCUACCUCGCGUGGCGGCAUGGCGUGCUCGGCGGCAGGGUUCCGGAUGCGGGGCGGGAUGCGAUCGUGGAGUGA